AUGAUCCACGCGGUGCUCAUCUUCAACACUUCAGGCGUGCCCCGCUUGAGCAAAUUCUACUCAUCGUUGCAUCGCUCGUCACAAACACUUGUGCACAAGAUCUUCUCCCUUGUGUCCACGCGUGCACCCGGCCUUUGCAACUUCCUAGACGCACCAGAACUCGAGAGCUUCUUGACGGCCCAGGACGCAGACGGCGAGAAGCUAAGGGUCGUGUACCGGAAUUAUGCAACACUCUACUUCGUCUUCGUCGUGGAUAGUGCGGAGAGCGAGCUAGGUGUCUUGGACCUUAUACAGGUCUUCGUGGAGUCUUUGGACAGAACUUUUGAGAAUGUGUGCGAGCUCGACCUCGUCUUCCACUUCGAUGAGGUCCACCAUAUCCUUUCCGAGGUUAUCCAGGGCGGCUUAGUGCUUGAGACGAAUGUAGAAGAGAUUGAUCACCAAGUUCAAAAAGCGGCAAAAGCACGGAAAGAGUCGUUCGCGUCUGCCAACCCGCUAUCAUUAGGUACCGGCGUCGCCGGGGGAGGGUCGAGAGGCAGUGGCUUGCCUAGUCUUGGUUGGUUGACAGAGAGGCUAGCGGGUGUAGGCACAAAGUAA